GUAUUUCAGAAAGUGCGUAACGUUUGGUCCGCGUGACUUUCUUUUGUUGUCGUUGCGAGGUGUGACUCGCUGGCAACCCUGCGAUGGUGCUAAGAUGGCGGCGCGCGUCGGCGCAAUGACGCCGCGGCCAUUGGCCAGUGCUUUCUGGUCGCUCGUCAUCGUCAGUGUCGUUCUUGUUGCGGGUCAGGAAGUGGUCGUCAGUCGCGGACCUCCGGAAGCGUCGAAACAGGUCCUUUUUCGGCAGUCGGUGGUGUCGAGUACUCAGUCGUUCGGGUUGCGUGUGCAAAAGGCCACUGCGAGUACUUCAACAGUGGCUACGACGAAAAAGAGAUUCAAACCGCCUCCGAUUUACCCUGAGAAUAGAGUGAGAGAGAUUGUCACUCCUGGAACUGUGGAUGGCGAAGGAGUUGGAUCAGUGCAAGUCGUCAGGGGCUACGGGAAUCCGGUGUCGCAGAGCAGUCGGAGCGCGACAGCCCCGGUGUCGACGUCCGCUUUAACGACACUCGUGUCUAUAUUCGUCAUGACCUGGUUCCAGGCUCGUUGACCUGACGCAUCAUCGAUGGUUCUGCAUCGGAUGAAGAGAAACGAAAAGGACGGUAUCCUUUCUCUGCUGCUGUUGUUUUUACGGCCGAGACGAUGAGGAAGGAAGAACGAAUUGUUCGGGGAAAAAAGGACGAACCCCUACGCGGAGUCGUUUGCUUGUGUGAUACGUAAUCGCCCGCGGGGGUGGGACACAGUCUUCUUUUUUUUUAUUUAUUAAUAAUAAUAAAUUGAUGCCGACGUUUUGUGAUUUACGUUGAUUAUUUUAUCCACAGGCGGUCGAUUUGCAUAUUGAUUCUGUGAUUUGGUUAGAAUUACUUAUUGGAAGGAUUUGCGGUUUGAGAAAUUCCAUCCUGUGUAGUUUUUUAGCUUUGGAUUAUUAUUUUUAGAUGGAGCGAAAUUUUUUUUCAGUUACCCCAACAACAAAAAAUUGGUGCUCAACUGUUUUCAAUGGCAAAUAACGUAAUUAUAAUUUUGGUACUGGUUUUCAUUGCUUUUGGUGAAGAGGGCUCCAUGAAGUUUUGGCUGAAAAAUUAAACCGGCAGAGAGGAAUUAUUGUUUUAUAUUUUUUUAUAACUUAUAAUGUUUUGGUUUUUUGGCUGCCGAGAUUGUGUCCCCUUUUUGAAAUUCUGAUCGUGGAUUCUUGGCAUACAUAUUCAUGUUUCAACUCGAUAAAAUAUUCGGCAGAGGGUUGAUUUAUGCCUUGGAAAUGAGAAAGCGCUCUUCAUAAUACUGUAACUCGGUGAUUUUCAAAUUCUGAUUUGUUUUCUGCGUACAUUUGUUUACGUUGUCCCUUCAAAAAUUAUUGGACAGCGUCGAUUUAUGUUUCGGCUAUGAGAGAACGCUUUUAUAACUUGAUACUUCUCAAUUUCUGUCAAUUUUUAUUUUAUUUUAAUAAGGCUUCAUUUCAUCUUGUGGAUUCGAAAUUGGGGCGGAAUCUCAAUUUUUUUUACAAGUUGGGUCAAUCUUUUCUUGAUUCAAACUUUGAUUCGUUAUAGCGUGUAAUUUUUCAACAGUUGAUGGUUUAAAAUGUGUUGCCCACCCCUGUGAUACUGUGUUUGCGUGAAAGGCUGCGAUUGGAACGGACCUACUUGCGGAUAAUUGCGUCCCCCGGGGGCUGUGAUGAAGUGUACGUGCGUUAACGAGGGUUUGCAAUUUAAGCCACCGGAGAAACUGAAUGAACCCACUCACCUGUGAACAAUGCUGAUGAUGAUGAUGACACUGAUACGAUGUCAGAAAUAAAAAGCUUGUUUUAUUCGAAGAA